AUGACUUCCGCCAAACGGGGAACAGACCCGUCAGAAGCCACUCCGCUAUUGCGACAUGAGGCAACAACAUCAGAAUCCGACCAAACCACUCACUAUCACAGUGUGACCAGUCACAACACCAAUGUUGAAAACAACUAUUCAAUUGACGAGACGCAAGAGCAGAUCAAUGCCCUCGGUCUGGUCCGGGUGACAUCGGCAGAGGGGCUGGACAUCGAGCCUGACCUGGAACGAUUCUCGUCGCGUGGUUCAGCUUCUGUGAAAAGGAACAAUGCUUCUACCGGCAAUACAGAUGCCAUUCCAGAAGAAAAUGAGGAUAGCUAUGCCGCCAGAUUCAUCGAUGUAUCGCCAGCUCGAUUCUGGCUUAUCUUCGUCGGUGUGCUCAUCGGAUAUCUGAUCGGCUUCUUCGACUCCACCUUGAUGGCAUCGAGCCAUCCGGUUAUUACUUCGUAUUUCAAUGCUGCAAACACUGCUUCGUGGUUAUCAACCGCAUUCCUGCUCACCUCUACAGCUUUCCUACCGCUCUUCGGACGCAUCUCUGAUGCCUUUCGCCGGAAGCCCGUAUACCUAUUCUCCAUCGCCAUGUUCUUCCUGACCACAGCUUGGUGUGGGUUGGCACAAAGUAUCGGCAGCUUCAUUGCUGCCCGAGCCCUCUGUGGCCUCGGCGCCGGUGGGGUGUUCUCCAUGGGUCAAAUUAUAUCCAGCGAUCUGGUCCGCAUCGAAUACCGAGGUGUUUACCAAUCUUACAUCAAUCUCUGCUAUGGUACCGGCAGCUGCUUGGGCCUCGCAUUUGGUGGAUUCCUCUGCGAUCGUAUCGGUUGGCGUGGUGCAUUCUUCAUUCAACUUCCCUUCAUCUUUGUAUAUUUCCUCACUGCAGCAAGUACCAUCCCGGCGGACCUCGGCAUCAAACGGACCAUCAACUCGGAAAGAAUGACCGUGGUGCAAUUGAUUCGCAGCAUCGACCUGACAGGUGCAUUCAUCCUGGCCACAGCAGUGACAGCUCUGAUCAUGGGAUUAAAUCUUGGUGGCAAUGUCUUCCCUGGGAACAUCCGCUGCCUCAUCAUUGGCAACUUUUUCGGCGCCAUCUCAGUCAACACGGUCAUGUUCAAUGUACCUCUUUACUUCCAAGCGGUCAAGCUGGCUAGUCCCACAGAUUCAGGUUUGCGCUUAGUGGCAGCAUCUAUCGCCAUCACUGCGUCAAGCGUUGGAACUGGAUUCUUAAUUACCUGGUCGAAACGAAUGAAGCCAACCAUUAUCCUUGGUGGGUUUUGCAUGUUGUUGGGCGGAUGUACUGCUGCGUCCCUCAAUAUGCAUACACCCUAUGCGCUAGCGAUGAUAUGUGUGUCAUUUUCUAGUCUCGGGCAGGGUUUCUCCUUUCCCUCGGUGAUGGUAUCAGUUCUGGCUACAAGCGAGCAGGAUGACCAAGCUGUUGCAACUACAACCCUCGGCCUAGCACGUAACCUUGGAGCCGUAAUGGAACGGAACGUGAAGGGGGUGGAGAAAGACCACAUCAUUGCUCUCGUUCGCAAGUCGAUCCGAGCUAUUUCCAGUCUUGACCCACUGCACCAACAUCAAGUGAUUGGGUCAUAUGCGACUGCUCUUCGCGGAACCUUUCUGUCUGCGGCCCUUUGGGGUGCCCUCAUGCUGCUACUGCAUUCCCGCCUUCGUUUGCCCCGACUCGGCAGCAAGGCUUAA